GUGAUCCUGCGCUCCAACCUCUACUUCGCGCCGGGGCUGUUCCUGGUGCCGCGGUUCGAGGAGGAGCUCCGGUGGAUGUUCCCGGCGAGCGACACGGCGUUCCACCACGUCGGGAGGUACCUCUUCCACCCGUCCAACGAGGUGUGGCAGCUCAUCACGAGCUACUACACGUCGUACAUGGCCAGCAGCUUCCAAGAAAAGAUCGGGCUGCAGAUCACCACCUUCGCCUGGAACCCCGUGCCGUUCGAGGAGUACUUCAAGCAGGUCUCGGCAUGCACGACGAGCCAGGAGAAGAUCCUGCCGGCGGUCGACACGACCCCGGGCGUCCUCCAUGAGGCGGCGGCGUCCAAGGCGGUGCUCGUCAGCUCAGAGCACCCGGAGUACGCCGAGAAGCUCAGGUCCACGUACUACGAGCACGCGACAGUGACCGGGGAGACCGUCAGCGUGCUGCAGCCCGUCGGCGGCGGCGCUGGGAACCUCUCGCGCAACCAGAAGGCGGUGGUGGAGAUGUUCCUGCAGAGCUACUGCGACGUGUCGGUGGUGAGCGGCUGGUCCACCGUGGGGUACGUCGGGCACGGGCUCGCCGGGGUGAAGCCGUGGCUGCUGCUGGCGCCGAGGAACCAGACGGCGGCCGACCAGCCCUGUGUGCAGGCGGCGUCCAUGGAGCCGUGCUUCCACGCGGCGCCGAGCUACGACUGCAGGGCCAGGAAGAAGGGGGACCUCGGCGCCGUUCUCCGGCACGUCAGGCACUGCGAAGACGUCGGCGAUGGCCUCAAACUAUUUGACUGAUUUUUCAAAUGGCCCCAUAAAUUUACAAGCAGGAAAGGGCUGCAGAGUGAUUCAACGGUGUUGUGUGAACUUCUCUUGUUCAACCAAAAAUAAUAGUGUAGUUGUUUUGCUAAAUGUUCUUACUUACUUUAAGCAAAAGGAAUAUAGACCCAACACAUUUCAUUUUA